AUAAAGGGUGUUCCAUUUAUUCCUACUUUCCUAUAACAUUGUGAAUUCUUCAAUCUCAUUCACUUCUCCUCUCUCAAUUGCUUGCUCACAACCCUUGUGGAGGUGGACUUGUUUGCAAUUUUUGCAAAAAUUUUCAUGUUUUUCUCACUCACUUUUUCAAGUAUCGACUCCUGCAAUUACAGAAAAUACAGUUUCUGUCCAUACAAAUUGAAGAAAUGGUAGGCUGCAAGGUUUGCAUAAAAAACAGUACAGAUAAUUGGCUUCACACCCUUUUACUUAGCAAAUUCUUCGGUUCCUGCGGUGUUCAUCAAGACCUUCGAAAAAACGAGAAGAAUGUGUUCUGCAUAGACUGCAGCCUCCGCCUCUGCAGGCAUUGUAUGACAUCUCAUUGCCUUCACACAAAGCUUCAGAUCUGCAAAUACGUUUAUCAUGAUGUCGUUCGCCUUCAAGAAAUUCAGAAGCAUCUUGACUGCUCUAAAAUUCAGACAUAUAAAAUCAACGGCGAGAAAGCUGUGCAUCUAAAUCCUCGUCCUCAAUCCAAAGACGCCAAACCAUCAACGAAAGCAAAGUUCGGUGCUUCCUGUGAAGCUUGUGGGAAAUAUCUACAGGACAUGCCAAAUCGCUACUGCUCCAUCGCGUGCAAGGCAUCGGUAGUUUCAGUGACGCCGAAAGACCACCAAAGUCAUGAAUUCAUCACCGUUGCAGUACCCCAAUAUGCUGAAUUUUCGCUAAAAGGUAACUACUACAAUUCGGAAACAAAUAUGAGCGAAAUGGAGUCGUCCUCUAUCUCGUUAGCGGAGUCAUCUGAAGAGAUGAAUGCUUGGGUGUGUUCAGCAUUGAAGCCGAGGAGGCUUUUGCACAAGAGGAAAGGCAUUCCUCACAGAGCUCCUCUCUGCUGAUGCCUAAACACUUUCAAUGAUAUUUUUGCUUCCUUUUUUUUCUCUCUUAUAAAUUAUUGGUUAUGUCUAAGCAUUAAUAAAUCCAUAAAACCAGAGCUAUGAAAAUCAAAUAUAUCUUUCACAAAACAAGAUUAGUGUAAUGUUGAUGAAAUGAGAACGUUAGCAAAGUCACUUGAUGCUGUGUGAGAAACUUUAAACAUGUAACGUCGUGUUAUUGAUUUAGACUGUCACAUUGACGCUCGAGAAGUAAAUGUCUUUUCGAAUUUGAUAGGUUUGUGAUGGAUUCGUGUGCAUUAUGGCAACAGUCUUUAGUUUAUGUCUUGUUAUGGAUUGUGGCAGACAGAAAGAGUUGCUGCA